AUGGGGUUUCAUUUCCAAGGUGCAGAGUCCAUCAUCUCGGCUGACGGAGAGACUGUUGUAAAGAAGCGUGCAAGAAAGGCCUACAGGAUAGAGGCGCUUGACCUAAAGAUAAUAAACGGCAGAACAAAGCGGGAGGCGAAAAUCCUGAGGAAGCUUGAGGCGCUAGGAAUACCAGCUCCGAGACUGAUAAGCACAUAUGGAGACACUAUUGUGAUGGAGAAGGUCGAAGGGACUGUUCUAAAGGAAAUGAUUGACAGCUCCGACAACCCCGGGGCUCUCUUUCGUGACCUAGGGGCCCUUGUCUCAAGGCUCCAUAUUGCGGACAUCAUCCACGGAGAUCUAACAACAUCGAACUUUAUACACGGAAGCAAAAUAUAUGCAAUCGACUUUGGUCUGUCAUACAUAUCUCGAAAAGACGAGGACAAGGCUGUUGAUUUGUAUGUUUUUGAAAAGGCUGUUGGAUGUGCACAUGAUGCCAAGUUCCUGGAGGACUUCUACUGCGGGUAUAUGGGGGAGGGAAGCGAGAGCGUACUGAAGAAGCUGGGGACUGUCCGCCUGAGGGGUAGGAAAAGAGAAGCCAUGGCAUUUGGAUGA